UGAGGCGCAAAGUGAAGUCGGGCGCACAACUGUUUCCUUCCACACUGAGUCUGAAGUUUCACCAGCCGCAGUUUGGCCUGCUGGGACUGAAAGGGGCUCCGCUACGAGGCAGAGGAAGAGGAGCUGGCUACUUAAACAUCUCACGUCACUAUCAUCUGCGGCGGCGCUCGGACGGACGGAGGGGAUCCUGAGCAGGACGCAGCGCAACAAAACCUCCGCGAACUACGCACUUUUACGCUCCAACCUAAUUGAGAUGUGUGUUGUUCAGCGCCGGGUUGGGAUUAAAUAAUCUACAGGCUGCUAUCCUCUAACUUUUGCCAACUUUUCGGCGUUUGCAUCGCUCCCUCUCUGUGUGAGUGUGUGUGUGUGCGUGUGUGUGUGUGUUUUGCGCUGAAGCGUGGAUCAUGGCUUUUCUUCACUUGCUACUGUGCGCCGGGAUGUUCUCAGCGCCGCUCGGUGCAGCUUUUUUCAACGGACCUCUGCAUCCGGAGAUGUCGAACGGCACUUUUCAUCAUUAUUUCGUGCCGGACGGCGACUACGAGGAGAACGACGACCCGGAGAAAUGUCAGAUGCUUUUCAAAAUGACCGACGACCGAAAGUGCGGUCUCGACGAGGACCACGACUCCGUCAUACGGGACGAUUUCACCAUAAUCAAGAGGCAGAUCGAGGACUCGGCCAGGGUGCUGGAGGGGAUCGGGAAAAGCAUCUCGUACGACCUGGACGGAGAGGACAGCUACGGCAAAUAUUUGAGGAGGGAGACGGCGCAAAUAAGCGAGGCGUUUACAAACUCGGAGAAAUCCCUGCUGGAGCUGGAGGUCAAAUUCAAACAGAGCCAGGAGAGCGAACUGAAGGAGGAGCACCGGAUUAACGACGACUUUCUCAACAUGGUCGUCCACACGCGGGACGUCCUGAAGGAGACGCUGGACAUCUCGCUGGGGCUGAAGGACAAGCACGAGCUCCUGUCCCUCAUCAUCCGCAGCCACGGCACGCGACUGAGCCGGCUGAAGAACGAAUACAUGAAGUUUUGAGAGUCUGACAAAAUACAGCCCACACGUCCGAGAACAGCUCUAUAGUAUUAUUAUUAUUAUUAUUAUUUUUAAAUAGUAGUUGACCAUGAGGCAGAGGCAGUGACAAAGGAGCAUAUAAUAUCAGGGAUUAAAAACACAAAAAACUGUAGGUCUUUUGACAAAAAUCUGUUCAUUUGUUAUUGGUUAACUCUCUG